AUGGCUGCCGAGGGGAUUCGGCUGCGGCCGGCGCUGCCGCCGUUGCUGCUGCUGCUGCUGCUGCUGCUUCUCGUCUCUUGCGGCGGGGUGUUCCCGCGGAGCUCCGCGGGGCCGCGCUACUCCCCCGAUUGGGCCAGCCUGGAUGCGCGGCCGCUGCCCGGCUGGUUCGACGCGGCCAAGUUCGGGAUCUUCGUGCACUGGGGGGUCUUCUCGGUGCCAGCCUGGGGCUCGGAGUGGUUCUGGUGGCACUGGAAGGGGCAGCUCCGGCCGGACUACGAGCACUUCGUCCGCCUGCACUUCCCUCCGGGGACCUCCUACGCCGACUUCGCUCCGCGCUUCUCCGCCGUCGACUUCCAUCCGGAGGACUGGGCUCAGCUCUUCCAGGACGCCGGGGCCAGGUAUGUGGUAUUUACUGCUAAGCAUCAUGAAGGCUUCACCAACUGGGGAUCGAACGUGUCCUGGAACUGGAAUUCAGUGGAUACUGGUCCCCACCGUGACCUGGUUGGUGAUCUAGGAGAGGCUGUCCGAAAAAGAAACAUAUCCUUUGGACUGUAUCACUCCCUUUUUGAAUGGUUUCAUCCACUGUAUUUACUGGACAAAAGUAAUAGCUUCAAGAGCCAAUUUUUUGUCUCCGAGAAGACUCUUCCAGAACUCUAUGAACUUGUUUUAAGAUACAAGCCGGAUCUUGUUUGGUCGGAUGGCGACUGGGAAGCUCCAGAUACUUAUUGGAAUUCAACUUCCUUCCUUGCCUGGCUAUACAAUGAUAGCCCAGUUAAGGAUACCGUGGUGGUGAACGAUCGAUGGGGCAUCAAUUGCUCCUGCAAACAUGGGGGCUACUACAACUGUCAGGAUAAAUUCGAGCCCAGCUCUCUGCCAGACCACAAGUGGGAGAUGUGCAGCUCUGUGGACCAAAAGUCGUGGGGAUAUCGCAGCAACAUGCAAGUUGGUGAAGUCAUGAAUGAGUUUUCCAUUAUUCAGCAACUGGUGCGUACUGUCAGUUACGGAGGAAAUUACCUUCUCAACGUGGGGCCCACCAAAGAAGGACUGAUUGCUCCAAUUUUCCAAGAGAGGCUCCUGGCUGUUGGCAUGUGGCUGAAGGUGAACGGAGAGGCCAUAUAUGAAUCCAAGCCUUGGCGGACGCAGAAGGAGAACCGCAGUGAGGAGACCUGGUACACCUCAAAAGGGCCGGCAGUCUAUGCUAUUUUCUUGGUGUGGCCAGAAGACAAUGUGCUGACUCUUUCAUCACCUGUUGUGUCUGCAAGUACUCAAAUCACAAUGUUGGGAUUCUUCAAGCCUUUAAAAUGGCAGUCAUCACCACAACAAGAAUUGCAGGUCUUCUUGUCCUCAGAAAGUCGUUGGCUUCUCCCAAUCAACAACGGCUGGGUUGUGAAACUACUUGGAGUAUCCUAAUGGGAAACAAAUCGCAGAAUGACUGUCCAUCCUUUUUAUCUCGUGCUUAAACCUGGUAAUUAAGAGAGCCUGAACAAAUCUGGAAGAAGUUCCACAUAAAAGAAUGCUUUAGCAUUUCCAGGCUGGCCAUCCUUGUGCUUACCAUUUUCAAAAGGAUGGUUGUAAAUUAAGAGAUCCAGCUUGAGUUAAUCUCGAUGUAACACAGAAAGCCAAAAUUGGGCUGAGAAACAUCGAAACUUUGCUUCAGUGAAAAGAAAAAUGUCUACAUUUUCUGAUGCAAAAUUGGCUGUGGAAGAGGCCUUGAAAUGCCAUUUUUCCCAGGAGCUGGUUUUGAAAUGCAAAUCUACUUCACUCAGUUAGUCCUGGAUGAAAAAAAUUAUAUGAGGUUAACUUCAGAAGGUGACUUCAAAAGCCUCCACAGACGUUCUGCUUGAGGCGGAACAGAGAAGCCUUGAAGCUACGCUUAAAAAUAAGCAGGGGAUAAGGGAACGCUGAAUGAUCUGGGACUGCUAAUAGCAAACCACUAAUAAUAGAUCCCAUUAUGGGGCAAUAGAGAACGAUAUGCCAGGUGUACUGAAAUGAUGAAAUGACUUGAGAAGAAAAAUAAUGUCAUUCUUGGAAAGCAGAGUAUUAUGAUACGCGGUUUUGUUUUUGGGGAUUUCAAUAUCGGCCAAGGCAGAGAGCUCUCCUGGAAUAGGGUCUAAUGCUAUGUUUGUUUUCAUGAAAGUUACAUUUAAAAAAGAAAUCCUAUCUACUGGUUCCAUCUGUGGAGGUGACAGAUAUAGUCCUUUCUUACUUUUUAGUCUUUUGUUGGUCAUUCUUGCAUCCAGGCAAGAUUUGGUAGCUCAAAAGAUCCAGUUGAAACAAUUUGAUUGCAGAAAGUACGGUUUCAGCAACAGAGUGGUCAAUACCUGGAAUGCACUACCUGACUCUGUUGUUACAUCCUCUAACCCCCAACUCCUUUAACCUCAAACUAUCCACUAUUGACCUCACCCCUUUCCUAAGAGGUCUGUAAGGGGCGUGCAUAAGUGCACAAUUGUGCCUGCCAUCCCUGUCCUAUUGCCCCCAUUUAUUCGUACCUAUUUCUUGUGUUCAUACCCAUGUUUAUUCUUACACCUAUUAUCUUGUAAGCAAUUGACAAAUCAAAUAAAUAAAUAAAAAUAAACUGCAUAUUUACUAAGCCCCUUUCAGCCAUAGGUUUCAGCCAAUGGUUCUCUAUUUGUCUACAUCUACUUUCCUCGCGGGCUUCUCAUGCAAUCUUCCUUUGCUACUACCUUCCCUUUUGAUUUUGUUUUUUUAAUAGACUAGGAUAUAGGUGAUGAAAUACACUUCUGUUCCAUCCCUCAAGGAUGGUUCUGGUUUUCUAAAUGCAAACCAGUCAUAUCCUUGUUCAGGAAAGAAAAAGUAUUUAGUCACAAGAUGGAGCAGUGGAGUCUAAACUGAUGUUUCUCAUUUAGACACUGUAAGAUGAGAGCACCUUUUCCCAAUAAACUGAUUUUCCCCUUGCAAAUUAAUGUAACCCAGAUGGUAAGGAUCAAGGAGCUGGCCUGAUACUCUCGCAAUCAGGUGUUCUUUGACAGUUUUUUGCCUGAAAUAAUGACCUUAAGAGAGAUGUGGAGCAGUGUGAUGCAGUGUGUGGAAUAUUGUCACCUCUCCACAAUCUCCAGAUUAGGAGAAGGGAACAGAGCAAUGAAUUAGCCAAUGUAAAGAGGUUUAAGUAUUGUAUGGUUUGUGUUUUGCAAUUCUUCCCAUUCCAAUGAUGUGUCAUACCAACGGUCAGAUAAGACAGCGAAUGAGAAACUGGGAGAAUAUCUAGAAUCAAAUUUCCAAAAAGAAUAGCCUUUUGCAUGCAUAAAUUAAAUCAAUGCUGGUAAAUUGGGGGGGGGGAUAUAGCAACAUGUAGACUGUACAGGUAGUCCUUGAUUUACAAUAGUUUAUUGACCAUUCAAAAU